GGUCCUUAACUCUCUUCUAGAUGGCGCACAAGUGAAAACAGAUGAAGAACGUUUUAACAGCUACUAUGAUACUUGCUUAGUCGAUGUUCUACUGUUUAAGCAUAGAGUGUGCGCGUCGCGCGUUUCUGGUGACAAUAUUACGUUUUCACGAAGAAAUCUAACGACAAAAUAUCAAUAUUUGUGAAUGAUAAUGGGAUACAAGAGCACAAUUACAUGAGGUACGUACUCUAUUGAUAUCUUUGCAAUAUGCCGACAUAGAAAAAGACAGAAAACAAAUAAACUCACAUACAUCAGCUGUCUUUGUUUUUGUCAGAAUUUCACAAUGCAAACAUCACCGGAUAAUGCAAAUCAUGAAGAUAAACGACAAAUGUCACCUAGUAAAUACACAGAAUUAGAUAAAAAUAUAGCUACAGCCCUCUUACAAGAAAAUUUAAUACAAAGAUCAAUACAAAAUGUUGCUUUAUCGCUGCAAAAUGCUAUGAUGAGUUCGCUACAACAAGCUGCGUUUUUGCCUGUAAACUCAGCCGCAGCUGCAGCUUUAAAUCUUCAAGCUCUUGAAUCGUACCUAACCUUACAAAGACUGACCAGUGUCUCAACGACCAACAACACUGGAAAAAUCGAUAUUUUAAAAAUUGCCGCUAGCACGGCGAAAAUAAGUGAAGAAACCGUUGGCACCAGCGAAGAAUUAGUAACUAAUACAAGCCUAACGGAGGAUGUAGACCUCGCUGAAGAAGUAGAAGAAGAUUUAGCAUUACUAGACAACGAAGAAACGUUAAGCAAUGCUUCGGUACCAUCUUCACCGGUAGACACGACUUAUCCCAGCUUGAUUCUAAAUUCCAUGUUUCAAAACCCGGAAAACUUGUUGGUUGGAUCGUCUUCUGCAGUGACCACGACUACAGGAGCUUCUAGCAAUAGGCAGAAAGGAGGUGCGAGACCGAAGAAGCAGUUUAUAUGUAAAUUUUGUAAUAGACACUUUACGAAAAGCUAUAAUUUACUCAUCCACGAGAGAACACAUACUGAUGAGAGGCCGUAUUCUUGUGAUAUUUGUGGGAAGGCGUUCAGAAGACAGGAUCACUUAAGGGAUCACAGAUACAUCCACAGUAAAGAAAAACCCUUCAAAUGUACAGAAUGCGGCAAAGGUUUCUGCCAGUCUCGUACACUGGCCGUCCACAAAAUCCUCCACAUGGAAGAGUCUCCGCACAAGUGUCCAGUGUGCAGCCGAUCGUUCAACCAACGGUCCAAUCUCAAAACGCACUUGCUCACCCACACAGACAUUAAACCGUACAACUGUUCGACUUGUGGUAAAGUGUUUCGAAGAAAUUGUGAUUUGCGACGGCAUAGUUUGACGCACAAUUUGGGCGCGAGUUCGUCGAGUACGACCCUGCCCAACAUGCCCAAUCAAAACUUUAGUAUAGAUUCUCUGAUAAGCUCGACUGUGAAAAAGGUCGAUAAAUGAUGUAGAUGUAAGAAUCGUUUUAAACAAAUUAUUUGUAGGGACUUAUUUUUGUAAAACUGAAAAUAUCAUGUGAGAAAUAAAAUUUUAGUGAAUGUUA